AUGCCGUCGGGCGACGCAGAGCUGCCCUGUGUGGCCCAGGAAGGAGCUGUGUCCCUGCGGAGACGGACCCGUGGUGCUGGYGAGGCGCAGCCCGGGGUGCCCCUCCGCACGAAGCUCUGCUACGCCCUCGGGGGCAUUCCCUACCAGAUGACAGGAAACGUCCUCGGGUUUUUCCUCCAAAUCUUCCUUCUGGAUGUCGUGCAGCUGAAGCCAUUCCAUGCCUCUCUGAUCCUUUUCCUUGGAAGAGCCUGGGAUGCUAUUACCGAUCCUGCUGUUGGCUUCCUAGUGAGCAAGAGCCCAAGGAGGAAAUACGGCAAGCUGAUGCCAUGGAUCGCAGGCUCCACGCCACUCGGGGUGCUCUGCUACUGCAUGAUGUGGGCCCCGUUCCCGGGCACCACCUCUGACCCGCUGAAGUUCCUGUGGUACCUCUUCACAUACAGCUGCUUCCAGACCUGCAUGACCGUAAGGACCAGGCUGCCGGGGCUGCCUGCAGCGCUCGGCACAUCCUCCCUGGGAUGCUACCACGUGCCCUACUCCUCCCUGACAAUGUUCCUGGGAGGGACCCAGAGGGAUCGCGAUUCAGCCACUGCCUACAGAAUGGGCAUGGAGGUGUUCAGCACGCUCCUGGGCUCGGGGAUUCAGGGGCAGCUCGUGGGCAGCUAYCAUGCCCGCAUGGCGAACAGCUGCUACGUGCCGAACGGGACCGUGGCCAACGGCAGCUCCGCCGGCCUCGCCGCCUCGCUGGACACCACGCACAGGGCCUACGUAGCCGCGUCCCUGGUCCUGGGCUCCAUCUAUUUGCUGUCCUGCCUCAUUCUCGUCUUUGGAGUAAGAGAACAGCCUGGGCCGCUCAGCCCCCUGGGGAAGGUUGGGUUGUCCCUUGGGAGCUGCCUGAGGAUGAUCGUGGAGCACAAGCCCUACGUGCAGCUGCUGUGCGGCUUCCUCUGCGCGUCCCUGGCCUUCCAGAUUGCCCAGGGGAUCUUUGCCACCUUCUGCACUCACGCUGCAGGCCUGGCUGGCAAGUUCCAGCAUCUGGUGCUCAUCAUGUUGGUCACAGCUGCCCUCUCCAUCCCGUUCUGGCAGUGGCUUUUGGGGAGACUUGGGAAGAAAACAGCCGUGUCCCUGGGCCUGCUGCUCAUCAUCCCAGCCCUCGUGGCCAUCACCCAGGUGAUGCACAACUUCCUGGCCUUCAUCUUCCUCAUGAUGGUGGCGGGCUGCAGCAUGGCCGUGCUCUACCUGCUGCCGUGGUCCAUGUUGCCAGACGCUGUGGAUGACUUCAGGCUGAGGAACCCUGGCGCCACCAACCUGGAGGCUCUCUUCUACUCCUUCUACGUCUUCUUCAACAAGUUUGCAGGUGGUCUUGCCGUGGGGAUAUCGACGCUGACUUUACACUUCGCAGGGUACCGUGCUGGAGACUGCACGCACAAGCCCUCCGUCGUCCUGGCCCUGCGGCUGCUCAUGGCCCCCGUCCCAAUCGGCCUGCUGCUCCUCGCCGUAAUCAUCUUCUGCACCUACCCCAUCGACGAGGAGAGGAGGAAAGAGAUGAGGAGGGAGAUGGAGGCAAUCGGGCACCAGGAUGAGCACAGCGGCAUGGAGUGA